CAGUUGCAGACCACAACCUGCUCCCUCUCGCCCACAAUCCCAUUCCCAAUCCCAUAUAAGAACUCGAUCCUCUCUUCUCCUCUCCUCUCCUCCACUCCCAUCCCACUCAAGUCUCCACUCUCACAGCCAUGGGCAGGUCUCCCUGUUGCGAGCAAGCUCACACUAACAGAGGAGCAUGGACCAAGGAAGAGGACGAGAGACUGAUCGCUUACAUAAACGCUCAUGGCGAAGGAUGCUGGAGAUCGCUGCCUAAAGCUGCAGGCCUUUUGCGCUGCGGCAAGAGCUGCCGGCUCCGGUGGAUGAACUACCUCCGGCCGGACCUCAAGCGCGGGAACUUCACCGAGGAAGAGGACGAGAUCAUUAUCAAUCUACACGCCUUGAUCGGAAACAAAUGGUCGGUGAUCGCAGGGCGGCUGCCGGGGAGGACGGACAACGAGAUCAAGAAUUACUGGAACACGCACAUCAAGCGCAAGCUCAACGCCCGGGGGAUCGACCCGCAGACUCACAGCCCGAUCGCCGGCGGCUGCGUGAGGACGGCGGAGGAGGAAGCCGUCGCCUCGUCCAACGACAUCGACGCGGCGGCAGCGGCGGCGGAAGAGGAACAUAGCAGCAGCGUGGAUGACGGCGACCUCGACCUCACCAUUAGCCUCCGCCUUCCUUCGCGGCCGUUCAAGACUUCGCCGGACGGGGCAGCAACGCCUCCGGCGGCGUCUCCGACCAUUUGCUUCUGCUACCACCUCGGGUUUCGCGGCGGCGAGGCGUGCAGUUGCCACCGCGCGAGCUCGAGCGGCUAUGUCAGUGGCUACUACGGAUUUACGAGAUAAGAAAGAGAAAAAAAAAACAAAUUUUGGGAGGAUCUGCGAUCUGAAUGGGAUUGUUAACCAUGAUUUUCUCAGUUUCUGGAGGUUUGGUAGGAAAAUUAAUCCGUUAAUGCAGAGUUUGUCGGGUGUUUAGGUAGAGACUCGGCCAUGGCCGGAGACUUGUCUUCUUCUCACAAAAACUGAGCUCUGUACUUGCUUCUUCCAUCUACAUGAAGCUUACUAAUACUAAUUUCUCUUAA